AUGAUGAAACAAUUCUGUCUUCUUUCAAUUUUAUUGAAAAUAAUUGAUUCCCAGUGGCAUCUUUAACAUAGCUAUGCCUCCAAAGAUACUUUACAAAUUUUGAUGUUGUCAAAUAAUACUAACUGCCAAAACACAGAAUAUUUAACCAAUCAAUAAUAACCUGCUAAUUAUAUUAUAUGCACAUCCGAUUCUAAAAGCUAUAUAACAUUAAAUUAACAAAAUGAAACAGUUUCAAAUUGUGAUUAUAAAACUGAAAAAAAUUAUUGCGAUUAUAAAUGUCUAAUUUCAUUUGAUUUAUAUUAUUAGGGUAUUUGGGAGAAUAAUUAAUUAGAAUUUAAAUUUUAUAAUCACAGCUAUACUUACUCUCAUACAUCACCUCCUGAAUACAAGUUACAUUAGGGAUUUUGUGACUCGACAUAGUAUGAAGUUAAAUAAAUAAACAUAACUCAUACGUAAAAGUCAAUGUUAAACUUCACAUUUUCAGCAGUAGUAUAAAGUAAUGGAUAAGUAUCUUUAAAAAAUAUUUUUAUCCUCAAUUAUUAAUAUAAAUGCUAUCCUAGAUGUAAAUAAUGCUCAGGUCCUGAAUAUAAUUAAUGUUAGAGCUGUUUUUAUGGAAUUCAAUAAGGUAACAUUUGUCCAUCUUGUCCUUCUGAUUAAUACUAUGUAGAAUAUAAAGGAUGUCAAUUUAAGAAAAGUUUCAUUGAGCCUUUGUGCUUCAAAGGCUUUUGUAAUGAAAUUUCAUGUAAUUUUCUAUAAUAAUUUAAGCUUCCUUAUAAUACUCUACUAUAUUAUCAAAUUAAGGAGAGCAAAUUUUAUGGUCCAUAAUUUAUGAUUAUCAAACCUAGUAUGUUUACCCUAAAGUAUUAUGGUGGGGUUAAUAUUUUUAUGGAAUAUUUAAAAUGGCUUUGGGAAUAUCUAGAUACAUUAAUAUCAUUUAACCAAAAGUUUGGUAUUCCCUUGCAUUUGAGAUAAAAAUUAUUCUUUUUAAUGCUCUAAAACUUAAUUGUGGAAUUCAUUUUUAGUUCAAUAGAACGUAUUAUGCAUCAAUAUAUAAUACAAGCGAAGGAAUCAAAUUGCAUAAUUUUACUUCUAUCUAAUGCCAUUUUUUAUCUGCUUCUUACUCUGAGUAUACUAACAAUUAGUUAUGUGUAAUUUAUGGCUACUUUGAUAUUCCUUAGUAUCCAUUUUUAUUCACAGCAAUAGGAAAUUUGACGUAAAUUUUAUUAUAAAUUAGGGAUUCUUAAUCUGGUUGGGGCAUGAUUGGUAUCGAAAUUACAUCAACUUAUUGCACUGAACACUGUUUAGUCUGCAAUGUAUCGUAAUAUUGUACAACUUGUGAAAGCCCAUACUUUUUGUAUCGAGAUGGUACUUGUAUCAAGACAUGCGAAGAUUUAUAUCAAGAACAUAAUGGAACUUAUUGUAAGGAUUUCGGUGACGAAACACCCUGUAAUAUUUAACAUAUUUAUUCCAUAGAUUCUGAAUUAAUAAUAAAAGAAAACAUAAAUUACACAUUUGAGUACGACUCUUCAUACAAACUUAUCCAAUAAACUGGACAAAAUUUCUUGAAAGGAGAAGAUAUAUAUUAUUCAUUUUGGAAUGGAUUUCUUAUUUUUGGAGGCUCUUUUAUAUGGGCUCAAGCAUAAUUUGAAAGAAUUCAUUCCAUUGCAAGACCACAUCAUAGUAUUUCAAUAGCAUUUCACAUUUUGUAUGGACCUGAAUUUCCACCUGAAAGUGAGUUUAUAUAUACAAUUGAUUCAAAUUGUUUAAUUAUUAAGAAGAGGAUGAAUGCAAACAAAAAUAGCGAUGGAACCUAUUUUGAUUUAGUUUCAUAAAAAAUAGAACAUUAAUCUAAUACUCUUAAUAUUACUUUUGAAUGUAAGGGUGUAAAUGAACCCAUAAAACAAUUUUGUGGUUUGUAUAACUUCUACUUAGCAGUUCAUCAUUGUUAGCCUUAUUGCAAUAAAUGUAGAAGUGAAAACGAUUGUUAAGAAUGGAAUAGGACAGAUCAUCUAUCUAUGGUUUAAUUUUCUUAAUCAGAUUGUUAAACUGAUUAAUAUCUUGAUGUUCAUCAAUCCUUAUGUUUAAAUUGCUCCUCUUCAUGUAAAACUUGUAAGUCAGCUAUUGUUUGCUUAGAUUGUAAAGAUACGUACUAAUUAACAUAAUUUGGAUGUUUUUGUGCUAAAAAUUAAUAUGAACAAACAAAUUAAUGUAAACCUUGUCCACCCUUAUGUAGUUAAUGUUUAAGUGAAACCCUUUGUAUCGAAUGUAUUGAUAGAACUAAAAUGAGAAUUAUCAAUGGGUAAUGUACAUGCAUUGUUGGCGAUAAUAUGAAUAUAAACAAUACUUUAUGUGAGAAUACUACCUCCCCUUUAUGCACCUAAGAAUGUUAGAAUUGUAUUUUAGGAAAGUGUUUUGAAUGUAAAGAAAAUUGGUAUGUAGAUCCUAUUGAUUAUAUUUGUAAAGAGAAAUGCGGGGAUUUUGUUUAAUUAGGGUCUGAAAAGUGUGAAAGUAGUUUUACAUUGCCUUAUAAAGGAUGUUUUAAUUGUAAACCAAAUUGUCAAUAAUCUUGUUCGAAUUGUGGUACAAGUGGUUAAGGUUGUUUAUAAUGUAUGAAUGGCUAUUCAUUAAUCGACAAUUUAUGUUAUUCUAUCUGUGGCGACUAGAUUUUAACGGUUGAUGAAUAAUGUGAUGAUGGAAACCUAAUAUAUGGUGACGGGUGUCAUUUUUGUCAAUACAGUUGUUCAGAUUCAUGUUAAAAUUGCAUUGAUGGAAUAUGUUAGAAUUAUAGAUUAGAUCAUCCAUUAACAAAAAUCUAAUGUGAUCCAGUAAUAGGAAAAGAAAUGGAUAAUAGUUCAUAAUUAUGCCAUAUGAUAGACAACUUAUACUUAUUGAGUGAGAUCUAUAAUUCCAAUUUUGGGUGUGAUUUAAACUGCCAAAAUUGUUUUUUUUAAAUCUGUUACAGUUGUAACCAUGAUUAUAUCCUUUCCAUAGAUUCUAGAAAAUGUAUUCAAAAAACUUCACACUUUGAUGAAAAUUAAGAACAUAGUUUAGUAAAAAUUGGAAAUUUAUGCUUAAAAUGUGCUGAUUAUGCUUAUUUUGAUGUGCUUGAAUAAAUUUGUAAACUGAAUCUUUCGAAUAUUAAAAAGUGUCAAAUUUAGAUGUUAUAAUCACCAGACCAAUAUUGCAAUUAAUGCUUUGAAAAUUGUUUGAAAUGUUCCUACCAUAGUUGUAUUUCAUGCAUGGAAGGAUAUUACUUUGAUGAUUAAUCUUAUUGUAUCUCUAAUUGUAGAAAUGGGAUUCAGACAAUUAACGAAUAAUGCUAAAUUAAUGAUUAAAACUGUUUGAGUUGUGAAUUCUAACUAUCAAAAAAUUGCAAAUAUUAACAUUUACAAUUAUGUCUAUAGUGCAAACAUGGAUAUUAUUAUAAUCCUCUAACCAAAGACUGUGAGUCUAUUUGCGGAGAUGGAAUCAUAGCAGCAGAUGAAGAUUGCGAAAUAUAAGACCAAUAUAUGAAAAACGGAUGCCAAUAAUGUAAAUAUGACUUUAAUAAUGGUUGUAAAGAAUACAAGGAUGGGCUCUGUCAAUUAUGCAUUGAAGGUUACAUAUUAAUUAAUAGUUCAUGUUACACCUAUGGGUUUGAUAUCUAAAAUAAUUUAUUGAAUUUUGACUUUUUUAGAGAGAGUAAUUAUGAAUUAGAAAAGCUUUGCGCUUCUAAUUAUUUUGCUUUUACAUUUAAUUAAUGUAUACCGAUUUGUGGAGAUGGAAUAAUAACUCAUGACGAAGAAUGUGAAGAUGAAGAUUCACAAUAAUCAUCUGGCUGCUUUAAUUGUAGAUUUUCAUGCCCGAUUAAUUGUUAAUAAUGUGAAUUUGGUAAAUGUAAUUAAUGUAUUGAUGGAUUCUAAAUAUUAGAAAAUAAAUGUUAUCCUAAAUGUAGAGAUUAAAUUAUUAAAUAUGAUAAGUAAUGUGACGAUGGAAAUAUGAUACCAUUUGAUGGAUGUUAUAAAUGUUAAAAUAGUUGUUAAUUAGAGUGUCUAAUCUGCUUACAAGCCAAAUGUAUUUAAUGUAUUUCAGGAUGGAAUUUAAUUGAUGGAAAAUGCAUCUAGACUUGCGGUGAUGGCAAAUUAGCCAUAAUGUCUGAGGAAUAAUGUGACAAUCCAUUAGAUUUAAAUUGUCAAAAUUGUAAAACAAUUUAAUGUGUGCCAUAUUGCAAUUAUUGUGAUAACCUAUAAUAAUGCCAGGUUUGUUAAGACUCCUUCUCACUUGUUAAUAAUAUUUGCAUAAAUAUUUGUGGUGAUGGUAUCAUAACUUAAGGGUACGAGGAAUGUGAUGAUGGAAACAAUAUUGAAUUUGAUGGAUGCCAUAAUUGUGAAUUUUCAUGUUCGAUAGGAUGUAUGAUUUGCUAAAAAAAUAAUGUUUGUUUGAAAUGUAAUGAAGAAAAGCUUUUUACUUUGGAUCACAAGACUCAAAAAUGCAUAUUUUAUUAAAAUUCAGAACAUGAAGAUCCGAAUAAUGAUAGUGAAGAUAUUAAAUAAGAAGAAGAUGUUAAAAAUAUAUAAGAUUAAGAAACUUUCUAUGAGGAGGAUAAUUAAAUUCCAUAAAGUGAUGAUGAUUAAUUCCCAGUUUAGAAUUGUGGGAAUGGUAAACUUUAAUACAGCUUAGAAGAAGAAUGUGAUGAUGGGAACAUACUUGGAUUAGAUGGAUGUUCUCAAUUUUGCACUAUUGAGUCUUCAUUUAAGUGUAAAAAUUUUGAAAAUGAUACGAGUGAAUGCUCUUUUAUACAAGCUCCUGAAUUUUACUUAAAUCUCUUAUCAAAUACAUAGAAUUCAACUCAAAUUGUAGAUUUAAUUUUUUCUUAAGAAAUUCGAUUAUAGUAAUAGAGUAUGAUUGAAGAUUUAGCCGAGUUUUCAAUAGAACCUUCCUCUAAAUAUUAAAUAACAAUUAUUCCUCUAAUAAAUUUAACAACUGAAUUACACAUGUCGCAUUAUCAAUUUACUAUAUAAUUCUAAUAAAGUAUGAACCGCCCUCUUUUUAAAUUAAAAUUUAAAUAAAAUUCAUUAGUCAACUUAGAUAAUAUUCCUCUUAUGAGCUUAGAAAAAAGCAUUGUUAUCGGGAAUUCCUUUGUGUUAUCAGAGUAAACGAAAAACAAACUAAAUUAGAUGAUUUUACUGAAUGAUAUAGUUAUGUAUACUUUGAUAAGCAUUUCAGUGCUAGCAUUGUUAAUAGGGAAUCCAAUAAUGUUUUUGAAUCUCUUAAAUCUACUUUAAUCUUUUUCUUACCUUAGAUAUGUAUAAUAUCAAUUUCCUCCUCAUUUUUCAUAAUUUCUUGAAACAUACUCUAAAAUAUCUUUACAAAUAAUUUUAGACUUCUUGUAAAUUGAUUAAUUCUUAACUUAAUUAAAUGGAGGAUAACUUCCUUAUUUGAACAAAUCAGCUUCAUAAACAAAUAAAACGGAAUAACUAAACUAAGUAUUUUUAAUUAAUGCAAAAAGCUGUUAUAUUUCAUUUUUCACUUCAUACCUUACCUACUUAAUUUAUAAAAUAAUAACAUCAAAAUAGAUAGAUAACUAUCUCAAUAAAGUUUUGACAUUAAAAUUUGAAAACAUCAAAUAUUUAAAAAUAAUAAGUUUAUUCUAAAAAAAAAUUCAAUAGCAUUGUGUCAAAUUGAAACAUGAAUUUUUUACAAAAAAUAUUUUUCAAGUUUAUCUAACAAUACUUCAUUAAUUACUAUUUAGUGCUUUCAUGCAAUUUCCAAACUAUAAUUUUCAAUCAUUUUUUGAAGCAUUUAAUUCACUCAAUUCUUUGUUGGCUUUGGGAUUAAUAAUGGUGGUUAAUUUUAAAUCGCUUGAUAUAACAUCAUAAAAAAUAAAAGAUAAAAGAAAAUGGAAGUAUUUUUUUGAGGAAUCGAAAUCAGAAUUUUGGGCUGUAAAUUUCAAAUCAUUUUCAAUCUAUAGAAUUAACGCAUAUAUUUUUGUAAUCGUCUUUUUGAUCAAUUGGCCUGAAGUUUAAUCUAUUUUGCUCUGUAUUUAAUCAUUAGCAUACUUGAUUUAUCUAUGUACAGUAAAGCCAUUAAUAUCAAAUAAUGAAUAUAUUAAAUUAAUAUUUAGAGAGUUUCUCUUCCUAUCAACUGUUGGCUCAUUUUUAACCUAUAGUUUUUCUUAAACUGAAGAACAGCUUUUAAUAUGGGGUUGGAUCCAUAUUUCAAUGCUCACAACUAUAUUAGGGACAACUUUAUUUGUAGAUAUGAUUGAAUCUAUUGGUAAGCUUCAUUCAAAUUAUCUGAAAUAGAAAAUAAAGAAGGAGAAAUUAUAAUAGAAAAAUACUAUGAGUUCUCCAUAGUUGCUUAUUGAUAAUUAAAAUAUGUAGAAUCUUCAUAAAGCAUUGUCGGAUGUAGAAUUUAAUCUGGAUUAGAUUAAUUAAUAAAUUUGA